AUGCCUCAACCAAUUCAUCACCUAAGGCGAUGGGCCGUUAUUCUACCGACAAUUACAGUUGCUUCAUGGCUUGCCAUGCUUGGAGCACUUUUCGGUACAUGGUAUACCUCCGGUGAGCCGCGAUAUGUAUCUGAGGAAGAGACACAGAGUAUAGCGUUCAUCUCCGACAUUGGAGCACAGAAUCUCAAACCCGUAUUCAUCGUCUGCUCAGCAGUAUCAAUGAGCACAUACAUCCCAAGCCUCGUCAUUUACUUCUUCUACGUGAGUCCGGUGAGAACGUCGCCAUGGACCAGUCAAGGCCUCAACCGCGGCAAUUCAUCACCAUCUAUAUACUCCACUAAUCCUGUCAUGUCAUUACCACCCCGGCCUCUACAACAACACUCGCUACUCCUGCACAUCGGCAUCCCACUGCUUAGCAUCCUCUUCACCGUGAUCGGCGCCACAAAUCUCAUUCUUCUCACCAUAUUUGACACGGCGCGAUAUGGAAAGGCGCACCAGUUACUCCUGCCUACCAGUAUUGCCGCGCAUAUUAUCAGCUGUCUCAUCCUCUGCGGCUGGUCAAUGGUUUGUCUACGGCAGUACCGUGCUCAACAGCAAUCGCAGUACGGGGGUAUUUAUUCGGGCGAUAAAUUCACGCUCGAGCUGUAUGCGCCUCGGAUUCCUAUCUCGUCGGCUAGUCUUGUUGUUAAGACGGUUGUUGUGGUCUUUGAAAUAGGGCUUGUGAUUCUCUUUGCCAUUAUGACCUGGUGGCUUAAGACGUUUGAUAUGGCGGCGGUGAUCGGGUGGGUUAUUGUUUUGCUGUUUGCUGGGUAUAUGUUAUGCCUGAUUGUUGAUUUGUGGGUGUUGGGGACGGCGGCGAAAAGUGAGCUUGAUGCUAUGGAAAGCAAGACAAUUGCCCAUGUUUAA